UGCAUCUGGGAGGCCCUAUGUAUGGCGGCUUGUUGCACGACCCCGAGUUUGUCGAUUCGAUCCUGUCACUUGUCAAAGAAGAGGAAGGCAAGGACAAAUCAGCAAUCGCUACAUUGCCACGUAUCAAGGGCAUGCUCACACUGGCCCGCGAAGAAUUGGCAACUCCUCACUACUGGUCGUUGUCUCGAAUGAGCAAAGUCUUGCAUACCCAGUUGCCGACGCAAGCAGUGUUCAAGUCUGCCCUCUUGAAUGCUGGUUACAAAGUCUCGGAAAGUCACACCGGUCCAGGGGCUCUUAAGACAGAUGCUCCCGGUGAGUUCCUAUGGGAUGUGAUGCGAGCCUGGAUCAAGUUGCACCCCAUUCGUGAGAUUUCCAUUCAACCUAAUACGCCUGGCGCAAGUAUUCUCUCCCGACGCGAACCUCGGCAGCCCAUUAAUUUUGACAUGCAUCCGGAGGCUAAGGCUGUGAGAAAGGAAAAGAUCACUAGAUUUCCUCUGAAUCCAACAGAGAAUUGGGGACCUAAGUCGGCAGCGAGGAACACUAAUAAGGACACUGGUAAAAUCACGAAGCGGAAGCACAGUCAGUCGGAACACUAGAAUACGUUUCGUAGCGUCUCGAAUUGACUACUAGAAUCUAAGAUCCCAUCCAAUCUUGGGCCCUAGCCGAGGAAGCUCUUCUGCAACAGAUUGCACUUUUUAUCAUUAGCAUACUCAAGAAAAAUUUGAA